AUGAAGUGUAAUUUGCAGAAACCCAUUGUAAGCAUUCAGCACGACUUAGCACAUAUCCAGUUCCACAUUGUUUGUGAAAUACCCAAUCAGUCCUGGAAUGUCACCAGCUGUCAACUUUAUACUGGACAUGAAGAGGAAUUCUACUUAAAAGUUGAAAAAAAGAAAAAUUGCCAUUUUUAUGUGGAGGAGAAUGAUUUAUUCAGUCGUCUGCAGUCAGUGAGAAGCAGAGGGGUGAGCUGUGAUUAUACAGUGAACACAGAACCUCCAUCUCUCUCUCCACGCAGUGAUGAUUACACCAUUCAACGAUUCCAGACUACAAAUACUCCUGUGACAUCAUCAGGAGCUGGAAACCAGCCCCAGACCACCAACGUUCCUAUAAGAUCAUCAGAAACGGGACUCAUCAAUGUGAAGACAAAUCAUUCAACACCUUUUCCUGAGACAACCUCAACAUCCUCAUUUUCUGGUUUAAGGUCUCAGUCAACGCAUGUGACGCUCAAAGAUGCCACAACACUUGAUCACACAGGUAAAACCCUUAAUGCCACAGAUGCUUCAGCUACAGCUACAACACUGAGCAUCGGAAUGUUGCUGAUCAUCAUAGCGGUGACGUCUUGCAUUCUCCUGACUGGCCUGUUCGCAGUCUGUUUCAAAUGGAAAUGCCAAAAACAUAAACACCAAAAUACAGGAACAGGUACUCCAGCCAGGACCAGACAGAGUAAGAUCAUAUAUGUGUUCACACCCACUAUUGUGUAUGUAUCAGGAGGAAUAUGCCAAUUUACUUUUUUUUGUGCUUCAGAUAAUCCCUCAGACAUUGUGAUGGCAUGCAAUACAGUUAGAACUGUUAAUGAUACAGCUGGAACCUACACCAUGAUCACCUCAAUACCCCUGACCGUAGCUCCAGAUGUUCAUAAAAAGACAGAUGUAUUCUCUGGACAGGAUGAUUCUCAUGUCUACAGCUCUAUAUCUGACAUACCAAGUGUCUCCAACCAAAGGGACCAGACGUACAGCUUGUUGCAGGACCACAAGAGUCCUGCAGUUACACAGCAGGACAUGACCGAGGCCUAGUCUGCUGCAGAUACACUGAUACAGCUGCAUACGUACAGUAUGUUAUGUAAUGGAUAGGGUAUUGUCCACUUGUCAUUAUUGGAAUAUAAUAUAUUUCUAAAACGGAUAGUUCUGUUUUUUGAUUAUGAUUGCCUGAAUUGCGUUCAAAGCCGUUGUAAAAUCCAGCACAAACAUACACCUUGACCACAUUUCGUUCUAUAUUUAUGCACUACCAUUACUUGAUACAACCACUCAGAUAGAGGAAAUAUUUUAUUAUUUGAAUAUUUUAUUUUAUGAAAUCUUAGCUGUUCUAAAAUCAGUGUAACCUAUGGCUUAUUGCUUCAAUAAAUCCCAAGUCUUGCUUCGUCCUGAAGAGACUUAUUUUCUGAUAAUGACCAGUGGACAAUACAUUAUCCUGCUUAUGCCUCCUUGCAAAAAUGAGAAAAGAACCUUCACACAAUUGGUCUUUUAGAAUCAUUUGGUUACUGUAUCGUAGCUUCCACCGAGGAACAGAUUAAAAACAAACAAGUUCGUCACACAAAUAGAGCUUGAAAGUUGCUGAUGUUGUUACAUAUUGCUUGCUGACUGCCCCUUUCAACGAAGCUCACAAUAAGUGAACGAACUACGCUCAAAAUGAUAUGAAAGACUUGAAUCAGAAGCACAAAACCCGUUGCCAUUGGCAGCAGUCAUUUCUUUUUUGCAGCUUCAUAAUACAGAAUUAUCGAACCCCCAAACGUUGGGAAGGUUCAUAUUAAUAGAACCUUCUGCAGCAUUUUGAAGAGCCAUAUAAUAAGGAAAUGAUAAAAGUUAAGCUAAUUAUUGAAUAUUUUAAAAUGAAUAUGAUUUCUUUAGUUACUUACACCUGUAAUUAUACUUAAAAAGCU